AUGACCCCAGUUCUAGCCCUCCUUGCGCUACAAUGUACAUUGUGUUGGACAAUUAAAGUUCCAGUCGAGUGGAAUGAUAAAAGUGAAGUGCAAAAUGAACAGUUCGGAGACCAACAAAAUGAAACAACCAUACAGACUUUUACACCACCCCACAGUGUUGAACGGCCGACAAUCCCUAAAGAAUACUUUGAAUACACAGCAAAGAAACCGCAGUUCGCGACUGACAUCUCCGCAUUUCACGGCGUGAAAUCUCCGGAGCAGCACUACAAGUCUUACCCUGUAAGGCCGUAUACAAGCGUGAAGAAACCCGAGCUGGGAAAACAUAAUAUUUUCGAUAACGAGAAGCCCGCAUUUGAACCUUAUAGGAAAUUUGUUAAAAAUAAUGAACACUUAGGCUACGUGACACCAGCUUCUAGUAAUUAUAAUAUAUUUCAUCCGUAUGGGGCCGAGGAACCAGCUCUGAAGGCAAUGUAUCAAGAUCCCGUUCUAGACAAAAUUAGGAAUGAUUUAAAGGAUAGUCAAUAUCGUUUGCAAAAAUACGAAAAAGAUGCUGGCGAAUCAAAUAUUGAAAAAGAAGAAUACUUAGAAAGUCCAGAGCAAACCGAUCGAUAUGACGAUAGGUCAGAUGGUUACGAUAUUUACGAGAAAGGCAAAGAAAAGUUUACUCAGUUAAGAAAUAACGUUGACGAAUCUAUUAGUAACGCUGCUAAUAAAAAUAGUCCGGGUACUCAUAAAAAAUUAGAGCUUCAGAAUAUAGACAAAACAGAGGAAAAUACUUCAGAUGACUAUGAGUUUUUGCCUGUCAAGAACUAUGCUCAGGUCAGAAAAAUAGAGACUGUUAAACAUCUCCCGCGUACCGCCGCAUUUGAAGAUGCAGAAUCGUAUGAAGAUUUAAAAAAUGCGCCUCGCUUGAAAGAAGCUAUAAAAAGCACGAAAGCACAGACAGUUUAUUCAGAAGAAGGCUACGAAGACUCGGCUUAUGAUCACGCUGGUGAACGAAAACAUGCUUCAGAUCAUGAAGGUCACGGUGGAUACUUAAAAGAAAAAGAAUUAAGUCAAGGAAAAUAUAAAAUACCAACAUUUAGCGGAAGCUAUGAAGAUGAGAAAGGAUCAUCAUAUAGAGAUAAAGCUUAUCACGGUGAAAAAUGGAAUAAUGAUGAUAAAGAAACCGAAAGCCAAAAAGAUGAGGAAGAAUACUCCGAGGAUGAUCAGGAAUAUUUUAAUGAAAGCGAUUUAAAUGAAAAUACUCCUAGGGGCGAAUCGUCACAUGAAAAUGAAAAAGUAGACUAUGAACCCAAAAACCAGAUCGAAAGAACUGAAAACCAAAACUCGGAUUCACAACAUGAUUUAUUUAAAAGAGAAGUUCAAAAUAUUAAGAAAAUAAAAGAACCAGUUGACCAUAGUCCUUCAAAUUUACCUGCGUCACCGAUUAAUGAAGAAAGUGAUGAAGAAUAUGAAGACUACGAUGAGGAAGAAGAAGAUUUUCCAAAAACUACUACCACAACAACCACAUUGAAGCCACAAAUCAGAAAAAAAAUAAGAAUAAUGACAACAACAAGCCGACCAGUAAAUAAAGAUAAUUUAGAUAAAUUACGUUUGGUUACAAGAUCCCGUAAUCCAUCAACCGUUGAUCAAAGUCCGACAAAAAAAGAUAAACCUAGGGAUGUCUUAGAUUCUAAAAAUAAAAAUACUGAGGAAGAAGAACUUGUAGCGAGUCCUAAGUACAGAGAAAAGAAAAAGAAAAGCUCAAAGAGCACCCUAGUUACUGACUCUUCAAGUUAUGGAGAAGGUGAAGAUGAUACUAUGAGAAAUAAAGAAGUCGAUGAAUUAAUUGGCAUUCAACAUGAUAUGGAAGAUUAUAUUCCCCUGUAUGAAAAAGAACGCCAAAUGAUAAAUAACAAUUCUAUAAGCUUGAAAGACAAAACUGGUUACUUAGAAAAAAAUAAAAAUAAAAGUGAAGAAAAUGAAGAAGAAGUAGAUGAUGUUAGUAGCGAAUCUGAGGAUGAUGAUAAUGAUAAAGAUGAAAAUAACGAUGAUGAUGAUGAUGAUGAUGAAAAUAAUGAUGACAGUGAAGAAGAUGAAAACAACGAUGAAGAUGUUGAAGACAGUGAAGAAGAGGGUGAUAAUAUAGACAACAAAGACACAUUUACAACUCCAGUACCGCUUAAAGGAACACUUAUGAAAACAACAGAAACACCAGAGAUAACAACAAAAGUGCAUGUGACAAAAUCAGACGUGAAACCCAUAAUUUCAAGGAAAAAGAUUGAAAUACAUAAAGAACUACCGUAUCAGAAAUCGUCACCGAACGUAACUCAAUUUAAACAAGAUAUUAAAGAAAUUGAAAUAGUUAAAGAGAUACCACCGGGAAAAAUGAUGCAUAAUGUUUCACCCCAAAACGAUCCAGAAAUCUUACAGUUAUAUAAAGAUGAAAAUUUAGCAAAAGAAGUUAACGGAUAUUUUGAUGUAGAAGUGUUUAAAGAUGACCUUGACCUUAAAAAGAGUCCAAGGCAUGGCGGUAAUUAUAGAAGCAUUAAAGCUGCAAAAACUAAUGUACAUAGAAACGAAUCCCCUAAUGUUGCUAAAAAAGACUCUAUAUCAUCACCGAGUCAAACAAAAAAGCUUAUUGAACCUACCUCUGAGAGAACAAGUAAUCAUAGAAGUAUGAGAAUAAGAAAUCCAUAUCAGCGUUCAAAGAAAAGUCGAGGACAAAAUAUGAAGCCAGACAGCUAUAGUCAUAGAGUAGAGGGGGCAGAAGAGGAUCAAAAAAGUGCAAAGAUAAUUGAACUAAGCGAGGACGAUGACCACAGAGAUGUAGAAAGUGAACCAGAAAACAUGCAUGGUGGUAAUUUUAAAACAUACAGUAAUUCUAAAAGUAGCGGAAAUCCUAUGCACGGAGGUAAUUAUAGAAGUGCCAGAAUCAUUCUAUCGGAUAAACAAGAUAACCAACAUUCGCAAAACAAAAUGAAGGAAAGAAAUGAAGAUACUUCAAAAAAUGUCAGAAAAAACUCCGCAGCACUAUUAGACAGCUUCGCCCGCGCAGUUCCAGUUUUAACUACUACACCAGCAUAUAUUCUAGAUCCUAGCAAAAGGAUGUAUUAUUAUGUUGAUUCC